GGAGCCCAUAGCAAAGUAAGCCCAGUCAAGCAUCCUGUUCGCCAUUAUCACCCUGCAUUAUUAAUAUCUCAUGAGGGCCUGAUCCAUUCAUUUACAUCGGGUCUCUUAGGAGUCGCAUUGAAAAGCCGUGCGCAGCCACAGACUUUCUUCUUUCCACGACAUUGCCAGUCUCAAACUCGACUUCAGGUGAAAACGAGACCGCUCCGUCAGCUGAGCGAUACCGGACGUUCUUCCAUCUUCCAACAACAAGCCAGCAAAUAAAAAAAGGUAUGGGGAAACCAAGCAGUGAACCAGGAACAUCGCACACGCGCCUUACGAUGAGCGCGACCGCGGCCCCCCCGCCUGAAAAGGCGCUGGACGCGCCAGCAAACGAUAAUACGAGUGGCGCGGACAGUCCUUCUGAAUUCGAAGUCGGGGACGAGGGCGUCAACACGAAAGCGUUACUGAGAAAGAUAGACGCCAAGCUUCUCCCAGCCGUAGGAAUCCUGUAUCUGCUUUCGUUCCUUGACAGAUCCAACGUGGGCAACGCCAGAAUCGAAGGGCUCACCGAUGACUUGCACAUGACUGGCAACCAGUACCUUACUGGGUUGACUUUGUAUUUCAUCGGUUACGUUUUAUUUGAAAUCCCAUGCAAUAUCAUCCUCAAGAGGACCACGCCGAGAUUCUGGCUUCCGUCACUAACAAUUGCCUGGGGAAUUGUUGCCACGCUCAUGGGAAUCGUGACGAACAUGGCCGGAUUCUUUGUUGCUCGCUUCUUUCUCGGCGUCACGGAGAGUGGGCUCUUCCCUGGUGUUGUGUACUACUUCUCCAUGUGGUACAAGCGCCGCGAGAGACAGUAUCGCAUCUCACUCUUCUUCAGUGCUGCGUCUCUUGCCGGGGCUUUCGGUGGUAUCCUAGCUUGGGGUAUUGGUCACAUGCGAGUUGUUUGGGAUAACGGCUGGAGAUGGAUCUUCAUUUUGGAGGGUAUCGCGACGGUCGUCAUCGCGAUCGGCGCGUACUGGUUCAUUCAGAACUACCCCGACACUGCCAAGUUCAUAUCCGAAAAGGAGCGUCACUUCAUCCGAGCCCGGCUUGCCGCUGACAGCGAUGCGACCCACAACGAGAAGUUCACUUGGGGAAACGUCGUGGAGGCGAUCAAGGACCCCAAGUGCUGGUUAUACGGUCUUGCUUUCCACACCAUGAGCUUACCACUUUACACGUUCUCCCUCUUCAUCCCCACCAUCAUCAAGAAUCUCGGCUACACCGCCGCCGUGGCGCAACUUCUGACCAUACCGCCGUACGCCCUCGCCUUCCUCACGACCCUGACUGUCGCAAUCUAUUCUGAGCGCACAGGCCGCCGCGCGUUCUUCAUCAUGGGCUCGUCUGCCUUCGCCGCCGUAGGCUAUAUCAUCCUCCUCGCCAACGGCGACCCGACCGGGAAGCCUGGCGUCUCCUACCUCGGCACCUUUUUCGCGGCGGGAGGGAUCUACCCGGCCACCGCCCUCGUCCUCUCGUGGCCAGCCAUCAACGUUUCCGGCCAGACCAAGCGGGCCGUCGGCAACGCCAUGCAGAUUACUAUUGGAAACUUGGGCGCUGUUCUCGGGACGCAGCUCUACCGUUCCAACGAUGGGCCGAGAUACUUCGUCGGGCACUCUUUUGCGCUGGGAUACCUCCUUGCCAAUGUUGUUGUCUGCGGCAUCUUGUACGUCGUGCUCAAGCGCGAGAACACGAGGAGGGAGGCCAUCGCCCCGGAGGUCCAGGCGAUCGGCGACUUGACGGAUUGGCCUGGAGACAAAGAUCCCAGAUGGAGGUUCCAGUACUAGAGACAACAUAACUUCUUGAAUGGCAGGACUGAUGUUAGAUUCAACAGGAAGGGGCUGGAUUCUUGCGGAAGGCUGCGAAUCAUAAAGAUCGAUUGUCUCUGUAGCUAAGAACAUGCUUUGACGAUAACUAGAUGUAGUUAUAUCUCAUAGAGCUCGUCCUAGAUGCCAAAUCCUAGCCAUUGAAAGUCCCAAGGGCCUCUAGAGGAACCACAUCGGUCAAAUGACACAACACAUUUCAAACAGGGUCCCGAGCUCGGAGGCCCGGAGGCCACGGGAUAAAAGACUUUUGAUGAUGUUGACGCAUCGACAUAUGUCCUCAAGCUGCAAAAUAAAACCCCUUUUCAUAGCUCGGAACCAUUUACUCUGUUGAAAGGCAAUGUUUUGUCGAGGAGAGGGUUGGAUAGCCAGGCAAGGCUAAGAACCAACAGAGGAUACCCAUCCGUCAAAGUUGAGAACAUACAGACAGAC